AUGGAUCCUGAAUUCCACAUCACCACGCCGAGACUUUACAUCUCGCACUUUCUAGCAUCUAACGAUUCUCAUUGUGAUUUUCUGGUCCAGCUGUGGAAUACGCCAGAAUUCAUCAAGACAUGCGGACAGACCAAAGUCAGAACACGCGAAGACGCUCGAAACGAAAUCGGCGGUCGAUUCUUGAAUGACCAUAAACGCAAUGGCUACGGCAUGUAUCUGGUAUCCUUGCGACGAGACCCAGAGGGUGCACAGAACGAUCACUCAGAAUCCUUUCAAGAGACCCUGAAACAAUCGAAACCCAUUGGAACGGUCUCACUAAUGCGUGGCAAGCCGCCGACUGCAUUCUCAGCACCCGAUCUGGGCUUCGCCAUACUGCCCGAAGAGACUCGUAAAGGCUACACUCGCGAAGCAUCGCAAGCGGUGAUGCAUUAUGCGGAAUCUGCGUUGGGAGUACGAGACAUUCUAGGGCUUUUCGAUCCUGAGAACAAGGCCUCUGCGGCGGUUUUUAGGAGUUUGCAAUUCCAAGAUUGUGGCGUUAAGGACUUGAAAGAGUUCGGAGGUCUACCAGUGGCUAUCUGGGUCAAGCCAGGAAUGAGCAAAGACAUCAGUUUGUAUGGUCUGUGA